UUUUUUUUUCAGGUUCCCUUUAAUCCAUCAAUGGGGCGGAGGGUUGGAAAGUAGAGAAUUUUAAAAACCUCAAAGAAAAGGUUUUUAAACCUUUCCAACCAAACAUAACCCUAGAUUGGCGACUACACCACCCGAUACUACUGGUUGGCCCGGGCGGAGCUAGAGUAUUUUGUAACAAAGGGCUUCUGAGGUGCUAGCCGCCCUCUCGGGCUACACUUAUACGGCCAGGCGACCUGAGCGCUAUAAUGCCUUUGCCGAAGGUAAUGGAUCGCUAAAGGAGAGAAGAUUGCAAGAACCAAGAUGGUUCCGUUCCUUCCUCCAAGAGCGCUUAAUCAACAGGGUUAAGCCCGAUAACAACGGAUAAGCAGCUAACAGCUUUUACCUCUCAAAGCCUGUUCUCGGGCCACUCGGAGUCAACGGAGAAAAAGGUGUCGUAUAAUGAGACUGUUCGUCUAUAUGAAAUUAUUCCAAUUCUUUUUGUUGGCGGAAGCGAAUCCACAAAUGCAUGCAGAGAACUCUGCAAAUGCUGGAGGAACUGGGUCUUUAUUCUGUUCUAUGUUUAUAAGCUUCUGGUUAUGCAAAAGAAUUUCUGUCUUAAACCGUGGUUUUCACGCUGGUCUGCAUUUCACACACCGUAAUACUGAGGAUAUUGUUUUUAAAGCAAUUUGUGUUAAUCUCAAACACAAGAGAUGGAAUAUCUUGGAGCUAAUGUCACCCAGUCUCACUUCCUCGAUGGUGAGUCGUGUAGUUUGCCAGUUUCAAAACUCACCACUAUUAGCUUUAGAAUUUUAUAAUUGGGUUCUAGAGAAAAAGAGUAUUUUGCAAUCAGUGGAGUCUUGUUGCACUGUUAUUCAUGUGCUAGUCAACUUGAAGAGAUUUGAUGAUGCCUUGUCUCUUAUGGGGAACUUAAUGAGUGUAAAUGGGAGAUCCCAUUUGGAGGUCUUAGAUGCGUUGGUUAAUACUUAUCGAAAGUGUGAUUCAAGUCCAGCUGUUUUUGAUUGUUUGGUUCGGGCAUGUACUCAAAUUGGGGCUACUGAGAGUGCUUAUGAAGUGAUCAAGAAGUUGCAAUUGGAGGGUUAUUGGGUGACAAUUCAUGCUUGGAAUAACUUUUUGAGUCAUCUCUUGAAGUUGAAUGAGAUUAGUAGGUUUUGGAAGGAGUACAAGGAAAUGGUUUCUUGUGGAUAUGUUGAAAAUGUAUAUACUUUCAAUUUGGUCAUUUAUGCUCUUUGUAAGGAAUCUAAACUACUAGAAGCAAUGUCAAUGUUCUAUCGAAGCUUGAAGCGUGGUAUUUGGCCUAAUGUUGUUACUUUUAACAUGAUCAUAGAUGGUGCUUGCCAGAUGGGUGCCAUGGAUCUUGCCAUGAAGCUCAUUAGCAAGAUGGAAGUCAUGUCAGGUGGAACUGUUAAGCCUGAUUGUGUAACUUAUAAUUGUCUCAUCAAUGGAUUUUGCAAAAUUGGGAAAGCAUCUACGGCGGAAAAAGUUAAAAAUGAAAUGAUGGAGAAUGAUACUGAGUCUAAUGUGAGGACCUACGCAACUUUAAUAGAUGGAUAUUCCCGAGUGGGGACUUUGGAGGAGGCAUUUAGGUUAUGUGAUGAAAUGGUGAAAAAGGGAUUGGUACCCAACUCUAUCAUAUACAAUUCACUCAUCCAGUGGCUUUGCAUGGAAGGAGAUGUAGAAGAAUCCUCUUUGCUAUUAUCUGACAUGAUUAAUAAGUGGAUAUGCCCUGAUCAAUUCACAUAUUCUAUUCUCACAAUGGGUCUUUGCAGAAAUGGUUAUGUCAACGAAGCAUUUAAAUUCCAUGAUAAGCUUCUUGAAAAGAACCUCAUUGGAGAUUCAUUUUCAUACAAUAUUCUUAUUAAUUACUUGUGUAGAAGCAAUAAUUUAGCAGGAGCUAAACAACUUCUUGCCAGUAUGUAUGUUCGUGGCCUGGUUCCUGAUGUUGUUACAUAUGCUACUUUGAUAGAUUGGCAUUGCAAGGAGGGCAGCAUUGAAACUGCAGUCCAGGUCUAUGAGAAAAUGAUGAAGGCAGGGGAAAAACCUAAUUUGUUAGUCUACAAUUCUGUUAUAAAUGGUUUAUGCAAGGAGGAAUCACUGGAUCUUGCAGGACUUCUGAAGGAUACAUUGCAGAGGAUGGAUUUAUUUGAUGUCAUAACUUAUAAUACCUUGAUUAAUGGAUACUGCAAAAGUGGGAAGAUUGAUGAGGCAUUUGCUUUGUCUUCAGAAAUGAGAAAUGCAGGAAUUUCAGCAAGCCAUGCCACCUAUAACACAUUAAUAAACUUUUUGUGCAAGCUUAGUUGUGUUCAACAAGCACAGGAACUAAUGAAGAUGAUGGUCCUUUGGGGUUUGAUUCCUGAUUCCAUAACAUACACAACUCUUAUUAGCAGUUUCAGCAAGAAGUGCAGCCCUGAAGAAGUGAUUGAAUUGCAUGAUUACAUGGUGCUCAAGGGAGUAGUGCCUGAUAAACAGACGUACAAGGCCAUAGUGAGUCCACUUCUUCAAGAAGAUGGUGUGGAGACCUGAGUUUAGCAUUUUUAGAAUGUGCCUCAAAGGUGGAUGGUGUGUAAACGAGACUCUUGUGAAGUGUGAAGUCUAUAUGAUCAGUUGUUGUUGUUAUCCAUUGUUGUGAUUGGUCUAGAGUUGAAGUUGCAUGGUUGUUCAAGGACCAUUAUAUGCACUAUGGUCUUAGCAAAGUUCAGGUUGUCUUCAUGACUUCACGUUUCACAAGCUUGAAUUUGGGGCAGGAAACAUUAGGAAGGCUAUGGCAUAUUCUGACUUCACGUUUCAUUUCACAAGCUUGAAUUUGGGGGCAGGAAACAUUGGGAAAGCUAUGGCAUAUGCUGACAAGUCUACAACUUGGAUUGGAGCAUUUUUCUCUCCAAAUUUGUAAUCAUAUUAGACUUCCAUCUUCUGGUGUAUUAAUGUCUUCAAAGAAAGGAUUAGACAUCUGUCGCAACAAAAGGGAAUCUGGCACACAAUUUAUAGGAUAUUUUGACAGUUUUAUUCAUAUACUGCUGUAGUAUCUGAGUUAUUUGUCGUUGUAUCUGCAGAUAUCCCCCACAUAUUCAAAGGAGGUAACUGGCAAUCCAGCUGUUGCUCCUCCACAAGUUCCAUGGAAUAUUGAAUGGAAUUCUCCCAGAUAUAUGGGAUCCUUAUAACGAUAAGUUCAUUCUUGUUAGCGGACGACAAUGUUUUUUUGAAUUUCUUUGACAAGUGGUUCUUGAAUCUAAAGGCCUUUAGUUAUAGCUCUUCCAUGUUCUGUUUCCAUGAACUAGCAUUUGUAAUUUUUGCAAUGCUUAAAUUGUGAGUAAAAAGCUAAAUGGAAGAAUGGUGUCAACUGUACGAUCAUGCAUGUUGUAGAUUUCUUCAUUAAUAUUGCAAUGGGAGCUUAAAAUCGUUGUUAUGUUGAGGAUUUGAGUAGUGGGACUGAGUCUUUGGUUCUGACUUUUUGAUGUUGCUUAACACAUAUGAAAUAUGUGAGAGUUUUGCCCUAUUUAGGGUGAAAUUUCUACACCUAGCUCAGUUUUGUUUUUCAAGUUUGAACAUGUCAUAUUGGAACCAAAUGUAAUUUUUACCGAGUUUUUUUUCACUAUUUAUUUAGCUAUAGUGAAUAUUUCUUUUAUGAUUCUGAUUAUUGCCAAUGCAAUUGUGCUAAUACAUGUAUUAUUAAAGGUUCUCUACACAUCUGAGAAUGUUGAGAGCAGCCAAGGAGGCUUUGCAGCAGAGGCUUGGUUUAAAGAAAGCUUAUAUCCCCUUAGAAGGGAUCAUCACUCGCCUAACACAUUAGAAAGGAAUCCAUCUCAUCAUGCAUGCAAUUUGGCGAACCUUAGAUUUCAAUCGACAGGAGACACAAUGUGACCGAUGGUGUGAUGGUCCGAGGAACUUAGUAUCCAGUGCCAGUUUACCCGUUUAUCCAGUCCAGUCGACUAGUACUGGAGACAUAGCUGGGGAGUCCAGCAGACCUCAUACUGGGUGAGCUUUCAGAUCUGCACACGGAGUCUAAAGUCACUUCAUAUUUGCAGUGCAUUGACAUAUGCAGGUGCUGAUUUCAUUCUUGUCCCAUCAAUUUUUGAGCCUGGCGGGUGACCCAACUUACAGCUAUGAGAUAGUGUUCGAUAACUGUUGUUCGAAGGGCUGGAUGUGUGUUCAUCCGUAGCUGCUUAGGCAUUUUGACAAUUGAAUUGAUCAUUACAUUUCUGUAGUCCUAACUAUUAUCAUAUCAUUCACUCAGCCAACCCACAUUCCUAGAUCUUAUUAUGUGUUAUUCAUUUACUUGCAUAAUAUCCCUAUAUUACCUGUAUCAAUUGAGAUAUUUGUGAGAUCCCAUAAAUUUUUCUUCAUUCCAAAUCAGAUGCUUUUAUUUUUUUAAAUAGUGCUGCUUUCCCCUGUGCUCAUUUAUGCAAUCACAUUAAUUCUGUAGUUGCUACUUGCUUGAUAAUAAAAUUUAUUGUGUUUUGCUUUGCCCUUCUGUAGUAAAUGCCUAGCAGUUACAAUGUUUUUAACUGUUCAUUUUGAUGUUUUCUUCUGUAGGACUUUAUUAUACAGUGUUUGAUGUUGACCAUGAUAAAGAGAGAUGACAACCACAAGGUCUUGAACCAAAUUGACUUAAAUUUGAUGGAGCCAAUGCUGCUGGCAUUGAUUAUGCUCUAAAUAGCGUAAUUUCUGCCUGGUUUGAGGUCGGGAAUGGAUUAAUUUGUUAUGUAAAACUGUGAUGGAGCAAGACUGGUCUUGGAACAGGCCUGCUCUUGAUUACAUGGAGCUUUACCAUGCUGCAAGCAAGUGACAAGAUUUUAUUAAGUUCCAGAGAGAGUGAUAUGAAGCUCAAUUCCACACCAUAAUCUGUACAGGAUUAGCACCUAAUUCAACUUUUCUUGUUCAAUAGCUAAUUACUUGCACGUAAAUUGCCCACUCAAAAUAAUGCAAGAUGAUGUAAGUUUUAGAGCUUGAAAUGGCUCAAUCCAUUUUUGUGUGUUAGCGCAGAAAAUGUAAUUUACAGAAAAUUUUAAAUUCAUUACAGUACGAGGCUGAUUCGAUUUUCAUACCAGUCCAGUUGUAAUUAAGUAUCACCUUAAUCAUUAUCAACGCCGAAAUGAGGGACUGGUAGUAAAUGUUGGAGGAAUUUAGCAAUCUUAUAAUUUGUGGCUUCAAUGCCGAUUUUAAUUUCGAUUUAAA